AUGACACUUACGUCGGGUCGAUACCGGAAAUCACAGUCACCACAAAGAGAAGACUACAGCACAAAGAGAAGACUACAGCACAAAGAAAACUACAGCACAAAGAAAACUACAGCCCAAAGAGAAGACUACAGCCCAAAGAGAAGACUACAGCCCAAAAAGAAAACUACAGGCCAAAGAGAAGACUACAGCCCAAAAAGAAAACUACAGGCCAAAGAGAAGACUACAGCCCAAAGAGAAGACUACAGCCCAAAGAGAAGACUACAGCCCAAAGAGAAGACUACAGCCCAAAAAGAAAACUACAGCCCAAAGAGAAGACUACAGCACAAGAAAGCAGUAUUUCAUUUGUAA